GUGCUUAUAAGAUCAAUCUUUAUCUUAAGUGAGGAAUCAAGAACACGGUAAAGCCUUUAGAAAACGCUGGAGUCUCAGACACUUUUUGGCAUCAAGAAUCCGGAACCAAAUUUAUGGAGGAAAUAACAUGAUGUUGAAAGAGUUUUUAUUGGAAUCAGUCUGCAUUAUCUGACCAAACUUGUGGCUCGUUAGUUACAAAGCAAUCGUACAAUUUCACCCACUGUUGUCCUGUUGCAGUCAGUCAUGCUGAAGAGAUGGUUUCUCGUCUUGACACACAGCAGGCGUGUUAUUCUUGUGUUGAUGUUCUGCUGUGUGUUGCUCCUCUAUUGUCUGGCCUGCAGAACACACAACCAAAGACCUCAACACCAAACCUGGCCAGGACACACGGUGGCUGGAAAGACAUACAAGGUUUUACUGCAACAUCAUGAGGAGCAGUAUCUUCAGUACACCAACAACCUAACCAAACGAAUCUCCCAGCUGAAGAAAGAGCUGCAGGAGCGGAGCAGACAGCUGCAGAGGUCUGUGGAACAAGCUGCCAUCAUAUUCCCGCUGGAUCAUGGGGACAAAAGCCCUUCAGAGCUGGAGGAGUUUCUGCAGAAACAGCUCCAACGUUCAGAGGUCCACACAGGUGAACGGGUGCCGAAUGAGUUUGCUGUUCUGCCAUUUGAAAGUUUCACCCUUCACAGAGUGUAUCAGUUGGAGAUGGGCCUCACACAACACCCAGUGGAAAGACCGUUCCGUCCAGACCGCAGGAAUGAGCUGAACGGAGCAUUAGAAGCUGCGUUACAUGUGCUGAAUGAACCGCAGGUUGGAGACACACAGCGCAGAAGGAUUUACUCACCUAAAGAUUUCUUGGAGGGAAUCUUUCGCACAGAAAAAGACAAAGGAACGAUAUAUGAUCUUGCAUUCCGAGAAAACAGCGUUCCAGACUUCAGAAGACUCGUUUUCUUCCGUCCAUUUGCACCACUGAUGAAAGUUAAGGAUGAAUUAGUUGACACGUCCAAAAUCCUUAUAAACAUAAUUGUACCACUGACCAAGAGAGUGGACACAUUCAGGCAAUUUAUGCAGAAUUUCAGUGAAGCUGGCAUUCGUCAGGAUGGAAGAACGCAUCUUACCGUGGUUUUUUUUGGGUCAGAAAAGCUGGAUGAAGUGAAAGGAAUUCUGGACUUAAUAUCAAGGAGGUUGAACUACAAGAACAUCACUCUGAUUCAUCUACAUGAAGAGUUCUCCAGAGCUCGAGGGCUGGAGGUCGGUGUUCGAGGGUGGAAGCACAGCAAUGUUCUCCUCUUCUUCUGUGAUGUGAAUGUUCGAUUUACUGCAGAGUUCCUAAAAUCCUGCCGAAUGAAUGCAGAACCAGGUAAAAAAGUGUUUUAUCCAGUGAUGUUCAGUCAGUAUAAUCCAGAGGUCCUCUAUGGUCACAGUAUUCCUCGUGUUGAAGAACAGCUGGUGAUCAGAAAAGAUUUUGGAUUCUGGAAAGAUUAUGAUUUCAGGAUGACGUGUCUGUACAGAUCAGAUUUCAUAAACAUCGGUGGAUUUGAUCUGACAAAGGAUCGUGCUACAGAUGACGUACAUCUCUACAGGAAGUUCCUUCACAGCGGUCUGCUGGUGGUGCGCGCUCCGUCACGUGGGCUGUUUCACAUGUGGCAUGAGAUACUCUGUCCUGAGCAUUUAUCUGCUGAAACAUUUAAAUUGUGUUUGCAGUCUAAAGCCAUGAAUGAAGCGCCUCACAGUCAUCUGAGCAAACUGCUCUUCCAGCAACACAUCAACAAUCAAAUGCACAAAUACAACAAACACAACGUAAAGCCAUGAGGAACAAUUUUAUACACUUCUACUAUUGUCUGAAAACAAACACUUUAACACUUUCGCAUAGUUACCCACAGGACUUUAAAGUCACAAAAUGUGAGUGAUCUUUGUUAAUUCAUUGUUUGUUUGAGGCUAACCAUAAAAUCGCCCGCUCAUGGAGUAAUGAAUUAAGUUCUGGUGUUUCUCAAUGGAUUAAAGAGAAUGAGCUUGAGUCCCGCUUUAGAAAACACUACUUAUUUUAUGAUA